UAAUGCUAAUAAGCAAAAAUGAAAGAAAACAAAAACACAGAGCCACCUUUAAAAGUUGAGAAGUUUUACUUUGUGCCCAAAACUUAUGAAAAGUUGUUAUUUACACCUUUUAGUUCUGAGAAAAAUGUGCGGAGGAGCUGUAAUUUCCGAUUACAUAGAUGAUUCGGAGAAGAUUGGGAGAUCUAAGAAGUCUUCCUGGAGAAAUAAUGGCGUCUUUGACUUAACAAUCGACGAUUUCGAGGGAAAUUUUGAUGAAUUCGCGUCGGAAAACGAUGAAAUCGGCGGAUUUUCUAUGGAGAAGCCAUUUGUCUUCUCCUCUACUCGCAAACCUGCUUCUGGCUCAGCGUCAGAUGGGAAGAAGAGAAAGACUAGUCGGUACAGAGGAAUCAGGAGAAGGCCUUGGGGAAGAUGGGCCGCUGAGAUUCGUGAUCCAAUCAAAGGAGUUCGAGUUUGGCUUGAGACUUUCAACACAGCUGAAGAAGCUGCAAGAGCUUAUGAUCUUGAAGCUAAGAGAAUCCGUGGAGCUAAAGCUAAGCUCAAUUUCCCUAACGAAUCCUCUAGAAAGCGAAAAGCCGAGGCGCCUAAGACUGUGCAACAGAUUGAGGAGAAGCAUGAGGCUGAUCUUGGAUUGGCGGUGGCUAGCUCAGUGCCUAGUAGUAGCUGUCUUGAUUUCUUGUGGGAGGAGAAUAAUCCGGACACGCUUCUUAUCGAUACACAAUGGCUAGAAGAUGUCAUCAUGGGCGAUGCGAAGAAGAAACAUGAACCUAAUGAUAGUGAAGAAGCCAACGUUAAUGCUGCUCCGCUUUCGGAAGAGCUACUAGCUUUUGAAAACCAGACCGACAAUGCUGCUCUGCUUUCAGAAGAGCUACUAGCUUUUGAAAACAAGACAGAAUUUUUCUCGCAUAUGCCUUUUAUGGAGGGAAAUUGUGAUUCCUUAACGUCUCUGAAUAGUCUCUUUGAAGGAGGUAAUGACAUGGGUCUUUGGUCCUGAACAGUUCUAUUGUAAAAAUAAAAUGAGUGUUUAAUAUUGAGUUCCUGUUCGACUUGUA